CAGGAAACUUGUUGCGAGUUGGCCCGCGGCGUUACGGUUAGCCGAGCGGCUAAGCUAGCUAAUGCCCAGCCGUCCGCCAGCAGCUGUCCCGCUGUCUUAACGAGGGAGCCUCCCGAUCCGUCCGCGUACCCGCUUACAGGGGGGGGGGGCGGCCAGCGACUUCCAAAUAUGCGCCCGGCGAUUUCGUAAUAUUUCGCGGAUAUCUUUCGGAGGUAUUGUCGCCGAAGGUCUCUCAAGCUCCCUAUCUAAGGUCCGGAAAAGCGGACGUGGAACACGGCCAUGGAUCCAGAACGACUGAAACGAAGAGAGGAGAUCCAGAAAGCAAUGGGCUUUAUCCAGUCAUCGUUGCCAUUCCCUGAACCAGAGAGUUAUGAGGCCUUCCUAACCCAGCUGGUGGUUAACUUGCUGGAUGAGGGAAACACAGUGUUCCGGGAUGGCGAGUGGCAUCAGGCAACGCAGCAUUAUGGAGAAGGGAUCAGCGUGGCUCGCUACGCCCAGGCAGAGGCUCUUGCCAUCCCUCCAGAGCUCUUGGAGAGCCUCUAUGUCAACAGAGCUGCUGCUCACUACAACAUGAGGGAGUAUGAGCGGGGCAUGCAGGACUGUGACAGCGCGCUGUGCGUGUCUGAAGGCAGUCGAAGGGCCCUGUACCGCAAGGCCCUCUGUCUGAGGGAGAUGGGACGCCUCAGGGAGGCCUACGAGUGUGGCACCAGAUGUCUGCUCACUGCACCGCACGACAGGCAGGUGAGUGACCUGGCCCAGGAGUUGGCCAACAAACUUGGCCUGAAGGUGCGGAAGGCCUACAUCAGCCCACAAGCUGAGUCUACAGCCACAGGAGGGGAGAGUCAUGGAGAGCCUUCCCCAUCCACGGGAGAGUCCUCCUCAAACGGGCUGGAAUCGUUAAGUGACAUGGGUCCAGCGGACCAUUCCAACGCCCAGUGUAUCCCCGCUCCCCUGGCCACGCCCAUCCCCGUCAGCGACGACCCCUCAACCCCUGUUGUGACGCCGUGCGCCGACCUAUCAGAGAGCCCCAGCAGUCAAGGCCUGCCCCCGAUGCCCUACUCUGUCCCUGUGUCGGAGCACAUGGACGAGUGUGGCAGUAGUGUCAUCAAAGAUGACUUGGACAGCCUCCUUGACUGUAUCCCCAAGAAAGUCAGUGAGAGUCCAGUACAGGGUGCCAUCCCCACCAACCUCCCCAACACAGCAGUGGGUCUUCGACCUCCAUACUCCCCAGGCCUGCCUGCACCUUCCCCCCAGCUACCCCCUGCCUAUUUCAGCUCUUCCAUCAGUGAGAUGCCUCCUCUGGAGCCCUACCCUCAGCUGGUCCAGAGGGAUCAGGGCUCCUCCACCCAGGCGCGGGACGCACUGGGUGCCUACUCCCCGGGGCCUGGGGUUGGGGACGGGGAGGGGCAAGGGGGAGUUGGUUGUGGUAUGAGCUCCGGCGGGCUGGAUUCUUUGUCAGAGUACACGCUACCUGGGGGACGAAUAUCUCACAGCUUUAUCCCAGGGAUACGCAACCACAGCUCUUCACACACAAACGGCCCAACGGGAACCAACCUCUCCCUGCUCUCCAGGAACCCUCUGGCAGCUACACACGAGUUCCGUCAGGCCUGCCAUGCCUGUUAUAGUCGUAUAGGUCCCCGAGUGAUGGACUAUCAGUACCAGCCAGAGGCAGCCCACCGCUGUAAGAGAGACGUGCUCCUUUGCCGUCUUAAAAACUCUGAUGACCCCACCUGGAAGAGGGUCCGACCCCGACCCGCACGAAACAACUUCUUAGGGGCGUUUGUCCUCUGUAAAGAGGUGCAGGAGCGACAGGAAUGCCAGUAUGGGGAGAAUUGUACAUUCGCGUACUGCCAGGAGGAGAUCGACGUGUGGACGCAGGAGAGGAAGGGCGCCCUGAGCAGGGAGCUGCUCUUUGACCCACUGGGCAGCACGGAGAGACGGGCCCUCAGCGUCACCCGGCUCCUGCAGCUCCACAUGGGCAUGUUCAUGUUCCUCUGUGAGGAAUGUUUUGACAGUAAACCUCGCAUAAUCAGCAAACGCAGCAAAGAGAACUUGGCUGUGUGUUCAAACCUCACGGCCAGACACCCGUUUGAUGAUAACAAGUGCCUAGUGCACGUGGUGAGGUCGGCUAACGUGCGCUACAGCAAGGUGCGACCCCUGCACCCCCUGUGCCAGUUUGACGUGUGUCGCCACGAAGUGCGCUACGGCUGCCAGCGGGAGGACAGCUGCUCCUUCGCCCACUCCAUCAUAGAACUCAAGUGCUGGGUCCUGCAGCAAGACACAGGUAUCACCCACGAGGAGAUGGUGCAGGAGUCCAAGAGGCACUGGCACAGGCUGGAACAGAACGCCCAGAAACAGCAAAAGUCUAUGCACAUCCCCCACCAGAGCAGCGGCAUUGGUACAGGAGGACUGGGCGGAGGAGGGGGGAUUGGUGGGGGAGGAGGGGGAGGAGACAGUAUUGGGGGAAGUGGCGUCAGCCCAGUUGGGGCAGGGGCGGGGAGGGGACGAGGCCUGAACCUGAAGAUGAAGUUCGUGUGUGGCCAGUGCUGGAGAGAUGGACAGGUCAACGAGCCAGACAAAAACCUCAAGUACUGCACUGCUAAAGCGCGGCACAGCUGGACUAAGGAGCGACGGGUCCUGCUGGUGAAAUCCUUUGAGAAGAAGAAGUGGGUAGUGGUUCGACCUUUACCCUUCUCCCGAACCUACCCUCAGCAAUAUGACAUGUGUGUUCACGUGAUGAAACAGAAGAAGUGCCACUAUAUUGGGAACUGCUCGUUCGCCCACAGUCUGGAGGAGAGAGAUGUGUGGACAUACAUGAAGAAUAACAGCUUGAGGGACAUGCAGCAGAUGUACGACAUGUGGCUGCAGCUCACCAAUCAGAACAGGCGUACAGACGGCUCCCUCAUGACCCCGCCCCCGGAGGAGAAACAGGUCACCAUGACAGCAGAUUAUUCAGACAGCAUGGGAGGUCAGCAUUUGUCAGAUGGAGAUGACCUCUGAGGGUUGCUGUGUUGAGAGGUACAUCGGCCGGCCUCUGCAGAUCUCCAGAGAGAGAGAGAGAGAGAGAGAGAGAAAUGAGGGAGACGGACCUACCACACCACCUUCUAAAGUACACACUGUCAUUAUCUCGUGCCAGUCUGAAAAUGUCCAGCAUCCAUCUAGCCAGCAUUAAGUGGGAAGACGAGUGGCCCCCAGGACACAAGACUGGCAAACACCUUCACCACACACACAGACACACACACACACACACACACACACACCAAAUCACAGGCACCAAUUUGUGUAGAGGGAGAGUCGUAUUAGCUCAAACAGAGAUUACCUUCAGUGUUUUCUUUUCCUUCCGCUCGGCGUUUGACCUUCUCAUCCUGUCCUGCUGAUGAGCAGCCCCUGAAACCCACCACCAGGCCGGCAGCCCCCUCGCUUGUCCAGGUUAGAAGAGCCGCUUUUGUACCGAGUCCCCCCAACUGUUUCAGCGGACUUAGACUGAGUCCAGUCAGCACAUCCUCCUCUCUUUUUUCCUUCUUUUGUUUUUUUUAUUUUUAAAGCUAGGAUCCCUUCAUACCUGUGGG